GGAAUUCUUUUUCCCGCCAGCAUUUUUCCACUUAUAUAUAUCGCUACUCUACACAGUUUCAAGGGUUUUAUAAAUUUCUCUUUUCAUCACUGCAAAUUCAAAUUCCUCUUCAAUGCCGACGCUUUCAUGGCGGCAGCAUACACUAAUUCAAGCUCUUUUAUCUCGCGGCCCACACAAAGAACCUGAUUUCAAAUCUCUCUUCUUCAAUGUCACUGGCAAAUCCGCAGCUAAUCAUCAGUCAAUGUUUAAUGAAUACCUGAGAAAGAUAAACGAGGAGCUCGCUUAUGUGCAGUUUGAGUUACGGGCAUGUAGAAACCAGUAUGAUGGGAAGGUGUAUUAUGGUGUUGUUAACAAUGUUUCAGAUGAGCAAUCCAAACUUGGAACGAAAUAUUCAGUUCCUCAGAUUGCUUUCUAUAAAGGCGUUAUUGAAGCAAUUGUUCAAGAUGUGGCAGCUUUGGGUUGUAUUUCAACCAUUGAUGCACUGAACAUACGGCUUGAAAAUCAGUUCCUGGCUGGAACAGAUCCCCAGUCUCAGGGAGGUUCAGUGCAAAUUCCUGCAGCGUUUAGGAAUUUCUCGAUGUCUCAAAAGGAAAAGACCCUUGAGGAACUUGUGAAGGAUCAGUGGCUUUCUCUAACAGAUGGUAAGAUAGGACUAGGAGUGCGUUCCUUUCUUGAUCUUAGAAGUUGGUUUCGCAGUAACGAGGUUCCUCCAUGUGAAGUUUGCAAUGAAGCUGCAGUGAAGGCUGAGCUUUGCCAGAAUGAAGGCUGUAAUGUUCGCAUCCAUCAGUACUGCCUGCGAAUGAAGUUCUCCCAACGCAAGGCUGAAAAAGUUUGUCCAGGGUGUGGGACAGAAUGGCAUUAUAACAUAACAAAAGCAGAAGUUGUAGACGAAGAAGAUGAUGCAUCUGCUCCUUCUGAAAGUCAGCAGCCUGGUGAACCCUUAAUGAGAAAGAGGCGGAGGACCUGUGGAGGGACCGAUUCUGAUACUCUCAAGCCUGGAUCAUCUCAAAGUACGAGGGUGACUCGGGGUUCUGCCCGUCUGAGGAAUGCAAGUUAAGAAAUUUGUUUCGCUAGUUUUGGCGCUCAUGCACCUCUAACUAUAUGAAAAUGGCUGUCUAUAUAUUUUUGCACCUCAUGAAGAUUUACUUAUUUGGUAGACCUAUUUAACUUAUGAUUGUAGAUUAUAGGAGUAUCCAGAUUAGUUUCUUAAUCCCUAUUCUCUGGGUGUUCUCCAAUUGCCAUUAUCGCGCAGAUGAUUUCUUCCUUGUAUAUACUAGUGAAAUAGUAUCAAUAUUUUAACUCUAUUAAUAUCCAUUCCCUUCUUUUGAA